CGAAUAUGGAAUAGGUAAAACAAAAACGCUUUGGGGUGCGAUAGAUUUAUUUUUAUUUACAUUGGACCAUUCAAUGGCUUAUCUUCAAAUAAGUCGGGCGUAGACUAGACAUUUGCAUAGAGAGAGAUAGAACCGCUCAGCUUAGUUAAGAUAGGACAGACAAAAUUUGGUGACAAAGUGAAAGGUUAUCAGACCUAAAAUUGAAUCAUAAUUUUGGAUUCAAGUUCAAAACAUAUUUCGCUAGUUUCUAUUCGACCGUUACCGUGAUAGCUUCGUUACUCUCUAGAACAACAAUGACAAUUUUAGCAAAAUUAAUUUUACUAAUAUUUUGUACUGUGCCAAUAUAUUCCAUCCAAACACCAUCUGAUCCAAUUGUUCAACUUCCAAAUGGCAAAAUUCGAGGUCUAAAUCAUGGAAGCUACUUUUCCUUCGAAUCAAUUCCCUAUGCAGAGCCACCAAUUGGCGAAAAUCGAUUUGAACCUCCAAAACCGUUUACCGGAAAUUGGUCUGAUAUUCGAGAUGCAACCAAAUCUCCACCCAAAUGCAUGCAAUGGGAUCAAUAUUUAUUCAAGGAAGACCUAUUAGAUGGUCAAGAAGAUUGCCUAACGAUAAAUAUAUACACUCCCAGCAUUGGAGGUAAUAAGAAAUAUCCAGUUGUGGUUCUAAUCCAUGGUGGAGCUUUUAUGUUUGGAACUGCUGACCAAAGUGGUCACGAUUACUUAAUGAAACGACAAGACACAGUUGUUGUUAAGAUGAACUAUCGUCUGGGACCUUUGGGCUUUCUUAGUACCGGAGAUGAUGUGAUAUCUGGAAAUUUCGGAUUAAAAGAUCAGCUAUUAGCUUUGGAAUGGACAAAAGCUAAUGUGGCUGCUUUUAAUGGUGACCCGGAAAGUAUCACAGCAUUUGGAUUUUCAGCUGGAGCAGCUUCGGUACAUUUGCAAAUGAUGAAUAAGAAUUUUGAAAAAAUUGCUAAACGUGCUGUUUCAUUGAGUGGAACUUCAUUUUGUGAUUGGGUAAUUAUGAAAAAUCCAGCUAGAAGAGCUAUUGCAUUGGCUAAACACUUGGAUUGUCCUACUGAGACUUCAUCAUCUAUUAAAUUAUGUUUGAAAAAGAAGAAAGCUGCUGAUAUAGUUCGGGCAGUUAGUAAACUUCAAAAUAUUGGCUAUAAUCCAGCUAUUGUUUUUGGACCUGUGAUUGAGUCGAAAACUGUUUCGAAUGCAUUCCUUUCUGAACAUCCAGAAAAUAUAAUUAAAAGUGGAAAAUCAGCUCAAAUUCCAUGGCUAGCUUCAUAUUCAAAGGACGAUGGAGGAUAUAAUGCCGCUGAAUUGAUGCAACAAGAUUCAAAUGGCAAAGAAAUGAUUGAAAUUUUGAAUGAUCGUUGGAAUGAAUUGGCUCCUGUGAAUCUUUUCUUUGAGAAUUCUGUUGAUGAAAAUCAAUUAGAUGCCUAUUCUAAUAGCCUUAGAGAGAAAUAUUUAGGAAACAAGAGAUUUUCUGCCGAAAAUUAUAAACUUGUACAGAAUAUGUAUACUGAUCUUUUGUUUGCUAAUGGAGUUAGGAAUGCAUGGAAAUUACAUAAGCAAUAUACUAAUUCUCCAGUUUAUGCCUAUGUUUUUGAUAGUCCAGCUCCUUUGGGUAUUGGACAAAUGAUUUCAAGACGUUUUGAUAUUUCAUUUGGUACUGUACAUGGUGAUGAUUUCUUUUUGAUGUUCAAAAGUCCAGUUCCAGUUCCGUUUUCUAAAACUCAAGUUGUACAAAGUGAGACAUUUUUGAACAUGGUUGGAGAAUUUAAUGCCAAUGGAACACUACAAUUUGCAGAUUGCAAGUUUAGGGAAAAUAAUGCAAAUACAAAUGGAUUUUAUGUAAUGGAAAUAAAGCCGAACAGCUGUGAAACGAGUAAUUUUGAAAAUAUGUUAUAAUUUUUUGGUUUAAAAUACGAUUGGUGUUGAAUAUGAAAAUAAAGAUCUAAAAAUAGUAUCAAUCA